AUGGAGUCCGAACCAUCCAGCGCGCAGGCCACGCUUGCUCACUACUGGGACGAUGCUGUUGAUACCUUGGCUGUACUAUAUGGUGCCGCAGCCACCGUAGCCGUGUUUUGGCUGGGCCACUGGCUCAAUGUUUGGCGCAAAACUCGCCGCGAAAAGGCAUUUAAUCUUGAACUUCGCCGACGUCAUGGGAUUCCGGACUCGGACACCCGUCCCUUCAAUGUCGCAUACCAAGCUGCAUCCAUCGCUGCCCGCGAAUCAGUGCUCAACUCACUCCCAGCUGAGCCCGAAACUCUCCAAAAACAAUCGUCUCUCCACAAUGUCUCUCUGUCCAACGCCAACAUCAAGGAAGGCUUCCGUCCCCUAGCCCGCUCUCGUCCACCUAUCCCCCAAUUUGCUGGUCAAUCAUCGGCCCGUGUCCCAUCGGGAUCGUUCAACUUCGGAUACACUGCCCCCCUCCAAGCCACCUCUUCCUUUGACUCGUCUCGUGCCUACUCCCAACUCCCCAAUGCCCCGUCAGCAAGUGGCUCCUGGGGUCCUCGCUAUGCGGCUGAAAACUUCCGUGCUACCUCGGUUCCCACUGUUCCAACUGUUUCGACCCGUUCGGCCUUUGCAGUCGCUGCCGCUUCCGGAUCCCUCCGUGCUAGCAACACAUUCACCGCUACCAACGCAAGCGACAGGAGGCCAUGGCAAUCAUCGAGCCGCCCUGCAACCGUAUCCAAGUCGACUGGCAACGUUCAUCAAAACCGAUCUCGCAAGCGGUUGUAUCUCACUGCCGACGAAGAGGCCGAGGAACAAGACACGGUACCCAACGACAAGCGUUCGCGCACUGCUGGCUGGGGAGCGGACGCCAUGAUUGACGGCGAUAACGAACCUACCUGGGCCCAGUCCUACCCAAUUGACCCUCAACCUGUGGCUGAAUCUCGCGCGACCCAAACUGGCAAAACUAAAGGCAAGCGCCCAGCGGAUGACGGUGAAGGCGAUCUUCGGGCCGACGGCAAGCGCCGACAAACUAAAUCGAGCAAACACCGUUCAAAGCAAUCGGACGUCCAGGAGAAACGUGGUACCAAACGUGAACGCAAGGAGGUCGAUACUGCAUCGGUGCUCAAUGACGUAAUGCCUGUUCACAAGCGCGGCCGAGCCGGCGAUGUCGAUUUGUCUAUUGUCAAGGAAGAGGAGAUCGACGAGGACGACCCGACCGUUUCUCGCGACCCACUUUGUGGUGGACGUCAGAUUGGCCAGAAGUGGAAGUCGAAUGGACAGGAAUACAUGGAGAGCAGGAAGAAGUACUUUAUGCCCGCCGAUUCGAAACAUGCUGAUAACUUCCAUAUGGUUGAUGUUUUCGUUGAAAAAUGGCUUACCGAAGAACAAUACGUUAGGGCCAAGGCUGACGGAUUGCUUGCAUGGCAAGAGAGUGACAACCUGCCUUCUCCCGUCAAGCAAGAGUCUCCCGAAAAGGUCCUUGAGAAGGGCAAGGAAAAUCAGGAAAAUGAAGAGGAAGAGAGGCCCAGGAUUACUUCUGUCACACUCCGAGCACGCACCGCAAACUCUGUGUGGAAUACCCCUGGCCAAUCACCCUUGACAGCCAACGACCCUCAUACCAAUCCGUUUACUGCCCCUGCCGCUCCUCAGUCUCCAGGCCCUCGUCGCGUCAAGUAUACCAUCGGAACGGUUCCAGCUACGGCUCUCAAUGCUAGUCGGAUGAUGUCAACUUGGGAAAAACAGGAGAGGGAAGCUCAGGCGCUCAAGAUGUUGAGGGAACGCAAGGCAGCGGAAGCAGCGGCCAAGGCACCACCCAAGCCUGCUCCGGCACUUGCGGCAGUUCCUUCGAUCACUUUUACUCCUGUAUCCGCUCCCGCUCCAGCAACCCCGGCUCCCGCUGCUCCAGCAAUCAAGGUUACCGCUCCCACUCCUGGCUCUUCGGUUUCAGGCCCACCAACUCAAGCGCCUUCAGCUGAUGGCAAGCUUUCUCCUUUUGGUUUUACCCCUGCACCCAAGCCUGCUGCUCCAACUACCACGGCCCCCGCAUCGAACAUUUUCUCGUUUGGUGCACCAAAGAAGGAAGAGCCUGCCAAGCCGCUCUUCUCUGCGACCCCUGCGCCCACUGCACCCGAGACUAAAUCGGUAGCUCCCUCAUUGUUCUCAGCACCGGUUGCACCUACGAUCUCAGCCAACACGAGUGCGCCCGCUCCUUCGCCGUUUGGUGCCCCUGCUUCGACCGCUCCUGCUCCUAUCCCUGCUGCUCCCGUUCCCGCGCCCGCUCCUGCCACUUCGACCCCUUCACUGUUUGGUGCUCCUGCCCCUGCUGCUCCAGCUGCUGCGCCCAAGCCAUCGCCUUUUGCAUUCGCUGCCCCUUCGAGCGUACCUAAACCCGCUGCUCCUGUCGCUACGAACACAACCACAAACGUGAGCGCGUCGCCAUUCGGUGUCCCCUCGACCGGGUUUAGUUCUACGACUGCUGCGUCUGCGUCUGCGCCUUCGCCAUUCGCCACCAUCGCAAAGGCUCCCGCUUCUACAGAGACAAAGCCAUCGUUCUCGUUUAGUUCGACGAACAACGCUGCCCCUGCCGUCCCAACUCCCGCUCCAUCCACCAACGUCUUUGGUGCACAACCUACCGCGAAACCGGCUUCAACUGGAUUUUCAUUCAACACUGGUAAUGGUACUUCCGCGGCAAAGCCUGCUGGCACGUUCUCAUUCGGUGCCACACCCGCCAAUACCACGCCCGCAUUGACCGGAUUUGGAAACACAGCCACAGGUCCGAGUGCGGCCUCGAGCGGAUUUAGUGCAGGUGGAUUUGGCACGAAUAGUAGCACUGCUGCCACGGGAAACACGAAUGGAGCUGCUUCUUCGUCGCCGUUUGCGUUUGGUGCACCCAAGCCUGCGGUCCCGGCAGCUACCACGUCUGGGUUUGGCGCUCCUGCGACUACUUCUGGGUUCGGUGCUCCCGCAGCUUCUGCUUCUGGCUUUGGCACAAACGGAACAAGCGGCACGAACGGCGGUUUCUCGUUUGGAGCGCCCGCACCGAAGCCUACGGUAUCUAUCCCUGCGACCAACACGUUCGUUGCUCCCCCUGCGGCGACACCCUUGACUACGAGUGCACCUUUUAGCUUUGGUGCCGCUGCCAACGCUGCGGUUGCUCCCUCCCCUGCGACACCUUCCAAGCCGUUGUUCAACGUUGGUGCGCCAUCUGCGUCUCCGGUCCUGGGUACACGACAGAUUAGUACGUCCAAGCGCGUUCAGCGCGCCAUGUCCAAAGGCCCGCAAUGA